UUUGCUCCAACCAUCAGGCUUGCUCUCCAAUAAGCCUCUCAGGGAAUCAGUACAAGCGCUGCUGAUGCCCUUGAAGGUAUGACUCACCUAUUCUUUUCCGUUAGUUAAUUAUAUAGCGGAUUGAGGGCGACAACACAAUGGAUAUCUGCUAUAAUUUCAAGACAAAGGAGCCUUAUCUGAGGCUCCCAGAACCACAUACAAACAUUAUUAUCACACCACACCGUUCUAACAGCCUCAACGAAACGACUUCAGCCCUGGUCAAGAUCCUCAAUGACCCACGAGUUGCUCUUCGUCUACAAAGUACCCCAUAUCCAUAUUCGGCAUCCGACGGCAAACAAUGGGUUAAAGCGAACUGCAAAGAUCAGGAAGGUAUUCUAUCUGCCUUGCGGGAGGACUUUGAAAAACUGGGGAACUCGGUAGUCCAAAACAAUUCCAGCAACGUUCUGCCCCGAAAAAGAGAGUUUUCUGACAUUUGUCCGUUCACUUGCAUUCGGGAAGUGCUCAAGACAGAUUCUCUGACUGUGAAUCCCCUUGAAGAUAUUCUCAUUGGCGAUGUGCGGUUGGCUCGCUCAAGUUUCGACGAAUAUCCCGAAGGGAGCGAAGAAAGAUGCCUAGCCCAGAAACAGAACGAUGAGUUACUUGCUGGAGACGAAAAUGUUGUCUGGAGCUUGGCCGACUUUCUAGCUUCAAGCCACCAUGGAAGGGGGAUCAUGACACUAGCUGUGAGAACUAUCAUUCAUGAUUGGGUGGUACCUCGAAUGAACGUCCGACAAUUGAAGAGCUGGGCAUUCGAAGACAAUCCAGGCAGCCUUCGGGUAUUUGAAAAGAAUAGUUUUGUGCGAGGGCAUACGUUGAAAAACUGGGCAUCGGUAUCUGAAAGCAGAGGAGGGGGGAAAAAGUCCAUCGUCUUGAUGGAAUGGGUAAAGGAUGAUAGUGAAUAGGACAUUAUUCCAUUUUUGCACCGCACUGGG